AGCAGCUUUUUUCUCUUUUUGAUUAGCUACCAAUCGACCAAUCAAAAAAUGCCACAUCCUGCUCGGGUUUUUUAGCAUUUUUGGGUUAAUUAAGGUAGUUUAAUGAUUGAUUAUUGGUACUUGAUACAAAUCUUGUUUGUACGGACACAAGUUACAAGCCAACAACCUUAACAUUUGCAACUCAAACUAGGAGAAGCAAAAGCAGUAGCUAAAAACACUCAGAGAGAGCAGCAUCAUGGACCAAAUCAGCAGCUUUUUUCUCUUUUUGAUUGGCUACCAAUCGACCAAUCAAAAAAUGCCACAUCCUGCUCGGGUUUUUUAGCAUUUUUGGGUUCAUUAAGGUAGUUUAAUGAUUGAUUAUUGGUACUUGAUACAAAUCUUGUUUGUACGGACACAAGUUACAAGCCAACAACCUUAACAUUUGCAACUCAAACUAGGAGAAGCAAAAGCAGUAGCUAAAAACACUCAGAGAGAGCAGCAUCAUGGACCAAAUCAGCAGCUUUUUUCUCUUUUUGAUUGGCUACCAAUCGACCAAUCAAAAAAUGCCACAUCCUGCUCGGGUUUUUUAGCAUUUUUGGGUUCAUUAAGGUAGUUUAAUGAUUGAUUAUUGGUACUUGAUACAAAUCUUGUUUGUACGCACACAAGUUACAAGCCAACAACCUCAACAUUUGCAACUCAAACUAGGAGAAGCAAAAGCAGUGGUUAAAAACACUCAGAAAGAGCAGCAUCAUGGACCAAAUCAGCAGCUUUUUUCUCUUUUUGAUUGGCUACCAAUCGACCAAUCAAAAAAUGCCACAUCCCGCUAGAGUUUUUUAGCAUUUUUGGGUUGAUUAAGGUAGUUUUUGUGUGAGAAAAGAGGAAAGCCACCCAACCCUGCAUAUAUCAUAGGUCAAAAAGAAAGAGAGAAAGAGAGUUGACCAGGCAUCUUGUGGGUGAGCUACCAGCCUAACUAUCACACGCUCUAUAGCGUUGAAUUCUUUAAUAAAAUCAUGCACCUUUGAUGCCCCUAUGCACUAUAUGCCUUCCUUUGUAAUUUUAACCCUUUUUUUUUCUUUCCCAUGCAGCCUUAUACAAACAACUUUUCCCACACUCACUCCUUUUAUAAGAAUUGCUUUCUCCACUACUCUCUUCUCACCAUUAUUCAAGGGAAAAAAAUAGAAACAAAAUUACCCCAAAACAACUUUUUUUUUUACUUCUUUUGGCUUCUUUUAUUGUUUCCGAAAGUUUAAGACACAAACUUAAUAACCCUUAUUUGGUUUCUUUUAUCUCUUCUAUUUAAUCACCAAUUUACACUAAAAAGAUGGGUAGGAUUCCUUGUUGUGAGAAGGACAAUGUGAAAAGGGGACAAUGGACUCCUGAAGAAGAUAACAAGCUCUCUUCUUACAUUGCUCAACACGGUACUCGCAACUGGCGCCUCAUCCCCAAGAACGCCGGUCUACAAAGAUGUGGGAAGAGCUGCAGGCUGCGCUGGACCAACUACCUCCGGCCGGACCUAAAGCACGGCCAGUUCUCUGACUCAGAAGAGCAAACCAUUGUCAAGCUUCACUCCAUUGUUGGUAACAGAUGGUCAAUAAUUGCAGCCCAACUGCCUGGGCGCACAGACAAUGAUGUGAAAAACCACUGGAACACAAAGUUGAAAAAGAAGCUUUCCGGCAUGGGAAUUGAUCCAGUCACUCACAAACCAUUUUCCCACCUCAUGGCAGAGAUAGCCACCACGCUGGAACCUCCACAGGUGGCUCACCUCGCAGAAGCAGCGCUCGGCUGCUUCAAAGACGAAAUGCUCCACCUCCUUACCAAGAGGAGAAUCGAUUUUCAACUGCAGCAAUCAAAUGCUUCGCUAGGGAACGCUACAGCCACGUACACAGACAGUAAGCAAGAAGAGAGUGAGGAUGUUGAGACCAUUGAGAAGAUCAAACUCGGCCUCUCAAGGGCCAUCCAAGAACCUGAUAUGCUUCCCCCAAACAAGCUUUGGGACUCGGCAGCAGCUGGGCCAACUUUCAUGAGUUUUACAGGCGAUUGCAGUGCCUUCCCUUACCCUGGGUUUCAGUAUGAACCAUCUUCUUGCAGCAAUGAGAGAGAUGGAUCGCCAUGGAACCAGAGUAUAUGUACGGGGAGCACGUGCACGGCUGGAGAUAGGCAGAGCUGCUUACCUGACAAACUCGAAGAAAAUAGAGAUGACUCGAAUGCAGGGAAAGAAAUAAGAAAUGAAACCAUCAUAUUCAACACAGAUAGUGUCUUGUGGGAUUUACCCUCUGAUGAGUUAAUGCAUCCAAUAGUUUAGUGUAAUAGAAAAUAAUACAAAAGUGGGAAAGAAUUCUUUCUCCCGAGGAAAAUAAACUUCUAAUGGUAGCAAUAAUAAUGAUGGAAAAUGUAAAUGAAGCUCAUUUUUAUAAACUAUGACCAGAAGAAUAAUUCAAUACAUUAUUUCUUGCUAUCAA